UCAAGAAAACAAAGCAAAAUUAAACAACACCAAGAAAAGAGUAUACUUUUCGUAUACACCACAAAAACCAUGGAUAGAUCCAAUAAUAGUGUCAAUAGAAGAGAACCAUAUCCUUCUAAUGAAUACUCAACAAAUAAUACAAAUUCUCAAGUUGAUUUUCUUACCAAAAAAACCAAUGAAUCCCAUUUAGAACAAGAAGAAGAAUCUACACAAUCUGUAGAAAGAAUUUUUGAGUCAAAAGAAGUUCCAACAUGGCAAAGUCAAUUAACAUUCAGAGCAUUUUUUGUGAGCUUUAUAUUGGGAAUUCUAUUCACUUUCAUUGUUAUGAAAUUAAAUCUCACUACUGGAAUUAUCCCUUCUCUUAAUGUUUCUGCUGGUCUUUUGGGGUUUUUCUUUGUCAAAACUUGGACUAAGUUUCUUGAGAAAUCUGGUUGGCUAAAACAGCCAUUUACUCGUCAAGAAAAUACAGUUAUUCAGACUUGUGUUGUUGCAACUUCUGGCAUAGCCUUUAGUGGAGGUUUUGGAAGCUAUCUUUUUGGCAUGAGUGAAGUUAUUGCUAAACAAUCAAAUGAAGAUAAUGCUGCAGAUAAUAUCAAGAACCCUUCUUUGGGAUGGAUGAUUAGUUUCCUUUUUGUUGUUAGCUUUCUUGGACUUUUCUCUGUGGUUCCUCUUCGUAAGAUUAUGAUCAUAGACUUCAAACUAAUUUAUCCAAGUGGAACUGCAACUGCUCACCUGAUCAACAGUUUCCACACACCACAAGGAGCUAAGCUAGCAAAGAAACAAGUAAAAGCUUUGGGAAAGUUUUUCAGUUUCAGCUUCUUAUGGGGUUUCUUCCAAUGGUUUUUCACAGCAGGAGAUGGCUGUGGUUUUGUGAAUUUCCCCACAUUCGGCCUCAAAGCCUACGAGAACAGGUUUUACUUUGACUUCUCGGCAACAUAUGUUGGUGUUGGGAUGAUAUGUCCUUAUCUGAUCAACAUAUCUUUGCUAGUUGGAGCUAUCCUUUCAUGGGGUAUAAUGUGGCCUCUUAUUCAAGACAGAAAAGGUCAUUGGUACCCGGCUAAUCAAAGCGACAGCAGCCUUCACGGCAUACAAGGUUAUAGGGUCUUCAUAGCGAUUGCCAUGAUCCUUGGUGAUGGUCUAUACAACUUUUGCAAAGUACUUGGACGAACGUUAUAUGGUAUAUAUUUCCAAAUCCGUGAGAAAAGAGCAGGGUCCGUCCUUCCUGUUGGUGCCCGUGGAUCUCCUAUAGAGCCUUCUUUAUCUUAUGAUGAUCAGAUACGAACCGAGCUUUUCCUUAAGGAUCAAAUCCCUACGUGGGUCGCAAUAGCUGGUUACGUUAGCAUUGCCAUCGUCUCCACUGUAACACUUCCGCAUAUUUUCCAUCAACUUAAAUGGUACUACAUCGUGGUAAUUUAUAUUUUUGCACCAAUACUAGCCUUCUGCAAUGCUUAUGGCUGUGGUCUCACCGACUGGUCAUUGGCAUCCACGUAUGGAAAGCUGGCCAUUUUCACAAUUGGAACAUGGGCCGGGGCCGCUCAUGGCGGAGUUCUAGCAGGAUUAGCUGCUUGUGGUGUUAUGAUGAACAUAGUCUCCACUGCAUCCGACCUAACACAGGACUUCAAAACCGGUUACAUGACGUUGGCUUCUCCUAGAUCCAUGUUCAUAAGCCAGAUAAUCGGAACAGCAAUGGGCUGCGUUAUCUCCCCUUGUGUAUUUUGGCUCUUCUACAAGGCUUUCCAUGACUUAGGUGUUCCAGGUUCGGAAUAUCCUGCCCCUUAUGCUCUCGUCUAUCGUAACAUGUCUAUCUUAGGGGUCGAAGGUUUCUCGGCUCUACCAAAAAACUGUCUCACCCUUUGUUACGUAUUCUUCCUUGGAGCUAUUGCCAUCAACGCCUUAAGGGACGCUGUAGGAAAGAACAAGGCAAAGUAUAUUCCUCUUCCAAUGGCAAUGGCUAUACCGUUCUAUCUUGGAUCCUACUUUGCUAUUGAUAUGUGUCUCGGGAGCCUGAUCUUGUUCGUCUGGACAAAGAUAGACAAGGUUAAGGCUGAUGCAUUUGGACCUGCCGUUGCAUCUGGACUAAUUUGUGGUGAUGGAAUCUGGACCUUGCCAAGUUCGAUACUAGCUUUAGCAGGGGUGAAUCCGCCUAUUUGCAUGAAGUUUCUAUCGCGGAAGGAUAAUAUUAGGGUAGACGGUUUCAUAAAACAUUGAAGUCCCUUGCACCAGGUUUUAUCGCUUUCUAAUUGUUCUGUUGGCUUUGUAUGUCAUCUUUUCCACUAAGAUUGUUCGAUGUCCAUAGUGCUAUGAACUGCGAUAAAGCAUCUCUGCUCAAGAUAGGAGUUUACUUAGAGAAUAUGUUGAUUUCCAUCAAGAUAGAAGUUUACUUAGAGAAUAUGUUAGAUCUCCAUAUCAAGUUGUAAAUGUGAUAUAAUUUAAGUACUCCAUAAGUUUAUUGUACUUCAGUAUGUUUUGAUUAAGUGUUGAUCAUUAUUUAGGUAUGGAGUGAAAUGAUA